UUGGAAAAUGAGAAAAUUCAUAUGAAGAAGAAAGAGUAAAGAAGUCUCUUCUUGUCCGGUUUGGACUUUUCAGGAAUUUCAUUUUCGUGGUAAGAGUGGAAUUUGAUUUAUAUGAAUUUUAAUUUCUGGGUUUGCGAAAUUGAUCGGUUUCUGGGUCGGGGCUUGAAGUUAUGAGCAAUCUUCGAGCUAUUGGUAGACCACACUCUGUUUUCUCUUCGAUCGUGUGUUGUAGUAGACACCAAAGUCGAUCACUUUUUAGGGUUUCGAUUAAAAACGUCGCCUUUAGAAACCGAGUAUCGAAUUCGUCUUGGUUUAGGUCUAAAGAAGAUUCGAAUCUUUGCUUUCGUUUGAAUCAGAGGAAGACUCUAGUUAGAGCAUCGAAUUGGAGCGAAGAGAAAUCUCCGUACGAUACUCUUGAGUUGGAUCGAGAUGCAGAGGAAGAGCAGAUUAAGGUAGCAUACAGAAGAUUAGCCAAAUUCUAUCAUCCUGAUGUUUAUGAUGGAAAGGGGACUCUUGAAGAAGGAGAGACAGCAGAAGCAAGAUUCAUCAAGAUUCAGGCGGCAUAUGAGCUGCUCAUGGACUCAGAAAAGAAAAGACAAUAUGAUAUGGAUAACCGAGUGAAUCCGAUGAAGGCAUCUCAAGCUUGGAUGGAAUGGUUGAUGAAAAAGCGAAAAGCGUUUGAUCAGAGAGGGGACAUGGCUAUUGCAGCUUGGGCUGAGCAACAACAGCUUGAGAUAAACCUUCGUGCUCGUCGCCUUUCACGUUCUAAGGUGGAUCCGGAAGAAGAAAGGAAGAUAUUGGAGAAGGAGAAGAAAGCAUCGAGAGAGUUAUAUAACAGCACUUUAAAGCGACACACGCUAGUGUUGAAGAAAAGAGAUCUAAUGCGAAAGAAAGCAGAGGAAGAUAAGAAAAAGCUCAUCACUCAGCUACUAGCAGCAGAAGGUCUCGAGCUUGCUUCUGAAGAAGAUGAGGAAGAAGCAGCCAAGUAAGAUCCCAAACAUUUUGGAAGCGUCAUCUUCGAUAUCUACUUCAAGUAAUUAAGCACUUGGUACUUACUCCCUCUCUCUCUCUUUCUCUUGUAGUAUAAACAUACAUGUAAAUAUCAUAUUUUGAUAAUUACCAGAUCUUCACUUCACGGUUCAUCAUUAAAAAUAAGACAAGUACCAAUUCAUA